AUGCAGCCAGAAGUUGAGCAGCAGCUUGCAUAUGUGCUCUUAAUAGAGCUGUUGGCGCAUCAGUUUGCGUCUCCGGUCCAAUGGGUCGCGACGCAGGAUGGCCUCCUGAAAGAACAAAAUGUUGAACGCUUUAUCGAAAUCGGUCCGGCAGACAUUCUCACCGGCAUGCUGAGGAAGACGGUAGGCCAACAGUACAAAUCCCAAGACGCGGCGCGCCACAUGUCACGAAAGCUUCUCUCUUACGCCCAGAAUGCGGAAGAGAUACAGUAUACCUUAGGGUCAUCCUCAACGACAAGUACGAGGGAAGCUGUAAAGCCUCCUUUGCUACGGUCUAAAGAGCCAGCGGCUCCCAGAACAGCCGUGGAAACCACACCUGCGGCUCCUGCUUUGAGUCGAGACAGUACUACGGUGCCCCCAGCUGCUAAAUUCGCAAAGAUCGCAGAUGCCCCGGUAGCGGCGAAGGAUAUUGUAAUUGCAAUUAUCGCGCAGAAGCUGAGAAAGAGUCACGCCGAGGUGGCGUUGGAUAAGACGAUCAAGGCAUUAGUGAGCGGUCGAUCGACGUUAGAGAAUGAGAUCGUGGGCGACCUUGACGCCGAGUUCGGAUCUCUCCCCGAUCGGGCGGAAGAGCUCAGACUAGACGAACUAUGCGGUACUUUGCAAUCGGCUGCGAGUUUCGCCGGACAGCUGGGUAAAGUAUCUACAAGCCUUAUAUCUCGGGUUUUUGCACAAAAGCUUCCCGCAGGUUUCUCCAGCGGUGAUGCUCGUGCGUAUCUGCAAACACGGUGGGGACUGGGAACAGGACGCCAGGACUCCAUCUUCUUGCGGGCAAGCACGGCACAAACAUCUGCUCGCCUAGCAAGUUUGGGUGAGGCACAGUCAUUCUUCGAUCGGGUCGUGCAGCAUUACGCCGCAGAUAACGGGCUUGAUCUCUCUGUGUCGGUAUCUGCCGCCGAUGCAGCGGUCGCAGUGUCGGCCCCUAUAGACAGUAAAGCUCUCGAUGUAGUGAAAAAGGAUCAGGAAAGACUCCGGAAGUCGCAAAUGGAGCUCUAUGCACGACUCCUUGGGAAAGACUUGAGUAACGACGCGCGAGAAGCGCUAAAAGCACAGAUCUCGACCAUCAAGCUGCAGGAACAGUUGGAUGUCAUCACAGCUGAGGUGGGCGAUGUCUUCAUCUCUGGCAUUCGUCCUUUAUGGGCGGUUCUCAAGGUCCGCCGAUUUAAUUCGAGCUGGAAUUGGGUAUUGCAGGAUACACUGCAUCUUUUCCACCAGAUUUUGCGAGGGGAAUUUGCAGACGCCGACUUCCCCAAAUAUAGCAAUGCCAUUGCCAACCGAUCUAGUCCUCGCUUGCUACAGAUGAUCAAGUACCUUGCAAGCAGCCCGUCCACUCUCUGGGGUACUCGUUUCUUCGAAGCCAAGGCUGUGAUGCAUCGUCUGCUCGACCAGUGUGCGACCUCCCGCGCCCCUCGAUUUGAGCCACUGGCUGCGAACUAUGACGCUUUCAUCAAGGGACCCAGCACUACUGUGGAUGACAACGGCCAUAUAAAGUAUUGCGAGGUCAUUCGCGGCGGGCCUCCCGUCAUUGCACCGAUUCAUAUCAAGACCCAGCGGCAGGCUGCCUGGCAGACAGACCGAGCGCUCACGGCGUUGUACCUAGAUGAGGUGCAGUCCUCUUGGAAUGACGGGGCCACCUUUGUCGACAAAUGUGUGCUUAUGACCGGCGUGAGUGCUGGAUCAAUUGGCGCGGAAAUCCUCAAAGGCCUCUUGAGUGGGGGAGCCAAGGUCGUCGUCACCACCAGCAGUUAUUCUUCCGCCACGACCCGGUUCUACCAGCGGCUCUAUGUCGAGCACGGCUCGCGGGGAUCCGAGCUCAUCGUCGUUCCCUUCAAUCAAGGAAGUCAGCAGGAUCUCGACGGUCUGGUGGAGCAUAUCUUUACUCCAGGCACCGGCCUGGGUUGGGAUCUCGAUCACAUUGUUCCUUUUGCCGCGAUCUCCGAGUCAGGCCGGGAGAUUGACAAUAUUGACUCCAAGUCUGAACUAGCUCAUCGAAUCAUGCUGACCAAUACCCUCCGGCUAAUGGGUGCCGUCAAGAAACAGAAACAGCUUCGCGGAUAUCGGACUCGGCCAACACAGGUUAUCCUGCCUCUUUCACCUAACCACGGCGCUUUUGGCAACGACGGCCUCUAUGGCGAGUCGAAAAUUGCCCUCGAGUCCUUGUUUGAGAAAUGGCAUUCGGAGUGCUGGUCCACGUACCUGUCCAUCUGCGGCGCGGUCAUUGGUUGGACUAGGGGCACCGGCCUGAUGGCUGAUAACAACAUCGUGGCGGCCGGGAUAGAGAGUCACGGCGUGCUGACCUUUUCCACAACCGAAAUGGCGGCAUAUAUCCUGGUACUCAUGACUCGGAAGCUGGCUAAUCAGUGCAAUGUGCAGCCGCUGUAUGCCGAUCUUACCGGCGGCCUGAACGCGAUUCCAAACCUGAGGGCCACCUUGGACAGUAUCCGACGCGAUAUCUUUGAUAAAAGUGCCCUACGUGCUGUCCUUGCGCGCGAGCAAGCGGCCGAGAAGAAGCUCACUGCGUGUGGCGCUCCGGCGGUCCAAGAGAAGGGUCCACGACCACGUCUGGCCAACAUCCAAUUUACAUUUCCACGUCUGCCCGAUGCGAAGACAGAAGUUGAUCCCCUGCGCGAGAAAUUGAUGGGCAUGGCGGAUCUAGAGCGCUUGGUGGUGGUAACAGGAUUCUCGGAGGUGGGGCCGUAUGGAAACUCCCGAACUCGCUGGCAGAUGGAAGCUGGCGGGCGACUGUCGCUGGAGGGCUGUAUUGAGAUGGCAUGGAUCAUGGGUCUCAUCACACACCAUGACGGCCCGCUGGACGGGAAGCAUUUCACCGGCUGGGUGGACGCGAAGACAAAAAAGCCAGUGCAGGAUUUGGAUGUCAAGGCUCGCUAUGAAGAGCAUAUUCUAAACCACACGGGCAUCCGACUGGUGGAGCCAGGCCUGGAUCCUAGCGAGCCGCCAAACAAGAGGCGGCUUCUGCAAGAGAUCGUGCUCGAGGAGGAUCUGCCACCCUUUGAAGUAUCGCCGGAGGUGGCACAGCAACUUGUCCACGAACAUGGAGAAAAGCUGGUUGAUAUCUCGCCGCAAGGUGAACAGUGUGUCGUCCACUUGAAGAAGGGCGCAGUGCUGAUGAUCCCCAAGGCUUUGCGCUAUGAGCAUGCUGUUGCAGGACAAGUCCCUAGUGGUUGGGAUGCACGCACCUACGGUGUUCCCGAAGACAUAGUCUAUCAGGUGGACCGCGGAACCCUAUUCACGUUGGUUAGCACCAUGGAGGCACUGGUUGCCUCGGGUAUCACUGACCCGUAUGAGCUAUACGAGUAUAUCCAUCUCUCAGAAUUUGGGAACUGUAUCGGCUCCGGUCUCGGUGGCGUCCAUUCCCUGAAGAAACUGUUCAGAGAUCGUUACCUGGAUAAAGACGUGCAGAAGGAUAUUCUCCAGGAAACGUUUAUUAAUACCACCGCUGCCUGGGUCAAUAUGCUGCUGAUAUCGUCUGCCGGUCCCAUCCGCACGUCAGUUGGUGCCUGUGCGACAUCGAUUGAGUCUCUCGAAACAGGGGUUGAGACUAUCAUCAGUGGGCGUGCCAAGAUCUGUCUUGUUGGAGGAUAUGAUGAUAUGACACAUGCAGUGGCGGAUGAGUUUGCCAACAUGAAAGCCACCACCAACCCGGAGGAAGAGGCGAAGAAAGGAAGACUCCCACUGGAGAUGUCCAGGCCAUCUGCGGAGAGCCGAAGUGGUUUUGUGGAGUCGCAGGGCAGUGGAGUUCAGGUUAUUACUUCUGCCCGUCUAGCCCUCGACUUGGGGCUGCCGAUUCAUGGCGUUGUUGCCUGGGUAGGCACUGCAAGUGAUAAGACUAGCCGGUCUGUGCCUGCGCCUGGGCAAGGCAUCUUGACCAACGCCCGAGAGAAGCCCAACAGGUUCCCUUCGCCGCUGCUGGACAUUGAUUACCGCAAGCGCCGUCUCGAAUCAAGGCUGAAACAGAUCCUGGAGUCAGUGGAGAUCGAAGUUCAGAUGCUUGAGGAGCAAAUAGCAAACCAGGGGAAUAUCUCCAAAGAAGAGUUUCAGGAUCAUCUUGACUUCGUUGAAGCGGAAGCACAGCGCCAGCGCAAGGAAGCCUUGAAUACGUUUGGCAAUGAAUUCUGGAAGAAUGAGACCUCUAUUUCCCCGGUUCGUGGUGCUUUGGCAAUUUUUGGAUUGACAAUUGACGAUCUCGAUUUUGUGUCCUUACAUGGCACAAGCACUGUCAUGAACGACAAGAACGAGCCCGACGUACUCGAAACUCAAAUGCGACACCUCGGCCGCAUGCCCGGGAACCCCCUCUUUGCAAUUUCCCAGAAAUAUCUCACGGGUCAUCCCAAGGGUGCCGCGGGUGCAUGGAUGCUGAAUGGCGGCCUGCAAGUGUUGGACACCGGCCUCAUUCCAGGCAACCGCAAUCUGGAUAACGUCGACGGGAAGCUGGAGAAGAAUAAUUACAUCGUCUAUCCUAACCGCAGCAUUCAAACCAGCGGACUGAAGGCUUUCUCCGUGACCUCAUUCGGCUUUGGGCAGAAGGGGGCGCAGGCCAUCGUGGUGCAUCCCCGGUAUCUCUAUGCGAUGCUCGAAGAUGCCGAGUUCCGGAAGUAUCAGACGCGACGCCAGACACGAUAUCGGAAAGCCUUCCGCUUUUUCCAUCGUGGAUUGGCAACCAACGCCAUGUUUGUGGCCAAGAAUGACCCGCCGUACAAGCCAGACCAGCAACAGUCGGCGUUGUUGGAUCCAACGGCGCGAGUGGGACCGAGCCUUGGAAUUUCAUAUUAG